AACAACUUUCUCCCCAUCCACUUAUUUCAAUUCUGGCUGCAGAUCCAUCAAGUCCGAGUCCACGCGAACAGCGUUUCGUUCUUCUCGCAAAAUCAUUGAUGUUUCAAAUCCUAAGUGGUGUGACAUUCCUUCACGAGUCGACAAAAAUUGCACACCGAGAUAUCAAACCAAGCAACAUACUUCUCACUUUAUCUGGCCGAGUUCAGCUCAUUGACUUUGGCAUAUCCUGGAAGGAAGGGGAAGAUCUUGCCGCAAAGAAAAACGAUUUAUGGGUUGAAACCCCGGAAAAGAUGUACUUUGAAGUUUCUACAGGACCAUACCGUGCCCCUGAGCUGCUGUUUGGGCCUAGAAAUUAUGACGCAUUCGCGAUCGACUCUUGGAGCCUUGGAGCAACCUUUGCGGAAUUCUUCACGACCCUUCGUCUGUUUAACCCGCUUGACGACGAAGACUUCGACUUUGAGGGCGAUGAGCAGUCUGACUCAAGCGACGAAAGCUCAUCGAAGCCAACCGAGCCAUUCAUCAUACCAAAGCAACUUCGCAUCGGAGAUCCCUCGAACAGAUGGGCCAGGGAUUCACUAUUUGAUUCCACACGUGGAGAGAUUGGUUUAGCAUGGAGUAUUUUCAAGAUACGAGGUUCGCCAAAUGAGACCAAUUGGCCAUCCUUCUUGAGCUUACCGGACGCAAACAAGUUGUCCUUCAUAAAUGUUGAGCCUGUUGACCUUCCCUUUAUCCUAUCCAAUCUUCCUUCAUCCGCGCAGCAGCGUGAAGUCGACACAAAAACACACGUGCCCCCAGAGACCAUGUCACCAACUCCUGCUGAUCUUAUCCAUCGAUUCCUUGUAUACGAACCAUCUCGGCGUCUCUUCCCUUCCAAGGCAUUGACUCACCCCUGGUUCACAUCCGAACCACCGUUACUUUUGCCCGAUGACUUCCCUGCUCCAAGCAUUCAUGGUGAGGCUUCAAUAAGCCUCAACUGGGGCGCAAAGUCUCUGGGAGAAUGGCUUUCAGAUGUUCAUCCCAGUGGCGCAGUUUGAAGAGACGAGUAAAACAAGGGAUACGACAAUACCAUGUGUUACACAAUGCAUAUAAUU